AUGUCGAUGUUCAUCUCUGCAGUGUUGAGCGACCUUACCGGCAGAUCCAUGUCUUUCCUGAUUGACAAGCUCUCGACGGCGGCGAUUGCGGCGGCAACGCUGGAAGAGACUCUGAGCAGCCUUGAGAGGCUUCUCCUUCGGGUCCACGUCAUCGUGGAGGAGGCAGAGCAGCGGCACGUCACGAACCAGGCCCUGCUCCGGCAACUCAACCAGAUGAGGAAGGAGAUGUACAGAGGGUACCAUACGCUCGACGACAUCUUCAGAUGCCGUGACCACCAAGAGACGACGGCCAAAGAUCAAAGCCAAGCUGUGAUGAUGGUUCCGUCCUCCUCCACGCCAUCCAGGUCGUUCAAUCCUGCAAAGCGUCGCCGUCUCAGCAGAUGCAGCAGCAGCUUGAGAGAACAAGAGCGUCUCCGUGAGGUUCUUGUCGGCCUAGAGACCGUCAUCAGAGAUGCAAGCGAGCUCGUUGUGUUCUUGAGUGGAUGUCCUCGCCGGAGCUGCCAGCCUUACGGCACGUACCUGAUUCUGGACAACUGCAUGUUCGGUCGCCAGAUGGAGAUGGAGAAGAUCAUGGACUUACUGCUGCAAGCAGAGGUUCCCAUCGAUGGAAGCCCACCAGGUGUCCUGCCCAUCGUUGGGCCAGGCAAAGUAGGGAAGAGCACCCUGAUUGAGCACGCCUGCAACGACGACAGAGUGCGUGACCACUUCUCUCAGAUCAUGUGUUUCAGUCAGAAUAGCAUAACAGAUGACAGGACAGUGGCAACUCUGAGUGACUGUGAUGUAAUCAAGCAACGUAGCGGUGCCAAUGGCGAAGAAAGGAUAUUGGUGAUAAUCGAACUAACCGGCGACAUCGAUGAAUCUGUGUGGAGGAAAUUUUACUCUGACUGCAAACGUCAUGUUGCAGUCGGAAGUAAAAUCAUCGUCGCCAGUCGAUCUGACAAGCUUGCCAGGCUUGGAACAACGCAGCCGCUGAAAAUACAUUUCUUCGCACCAGAAGUGUACUGGUACUUCUUCAAGGUGCGUACAUUUGGCAGCACGGACACUCGAGACCAUCCGAAAUUGGCGUCAAUAGCCAUGGACCUGGCGCAGGAGAUGAAGGGAUGUUUCUUUGGUGCAACCGUUUUCAGCGGCCUUCUGAAAGCCAAUUUCGAUGCCCAUUUCUGGAGGGGCAGCACGGACACUCGAGACCAUCCGAAAUUGGCGUCAAUAGCCAUGGACCAGCCGCCCCUACAUUGA